AUGACCCGGGCUGAGGUUUUCCGGUCUCUCACGCCCUAUUAUGACAGCCAACACGGCCUCAUCUUGGAUCUUGGCCACAGGUUUGGCGCCUAUCAAGAGGCCCUCCAUGACACCGCCACACCACCCCACCGGCUGAGACAGGCUUGUGCCAAUCUCAUCGAAGACAUCAACGAUGAUCUUGUGUCCCUCGGCUUUGGGGUCAGGGUCCAAGAGAACAGCAAGCUCAGCUCAGACCGGGCCGUCGCCGAUCUGCGUCGCAUCCGGGUCAGCAUUUGCGCAGUCAUGUCGCCAGAUAAUACGAUGCCGAUCUACUUCUACAUCGGCGUGGCCACGGGCAUCCUGCUUGCUGGCGCGAGGAACAAGGACAGCAAAGUCAGAGCCAAGAAGACCCUGCACGAUAUCAACAUGUUUGCCUUGGACAUGAAAAUAAACCACGAAGCCCUCUGUGACGAGUUGCAGGCACUGGUUCUGGGGUCACACCCGACAAUGGCCCUGAACUUUGUCAAGAUGCGGUUGCAGCAUUUGCACAGUGACGACAAGGUCAUCUUCGUCACGUCCGAUCCAGGCGGCCGAAAGCUCUCUGACGCCCAGAGGGGGUUCGGAGCUGACAAGACGGCCGAUCAGCGAACAGAGCCUCAAGAGCACAAGCGGCAGACCCAACACCUCUCUGGCCACGGUGAAGCGCGAGGCGUCGCCAUUCCGAACGAGGCAGGCCAGGUUGAUGUUGUUCAAAUGAAGGAUCUUACAGACCUGAUCCGGCUCAUCAGCGUCUCGGGAACUCCCCUCGUCUCACAGUUCCUGCCCGAGCAGCAGACAGUCAGAUGCAGCACCUCGCCAGUACCAACAAGCCGCCUGCGCGAGAGUUCCAGUGGACGACGAAGCCGCCGCCAUCGCCAGGAAGACAUUGCGAGUUUUUCAGAAGCAUGCGAUGAAUACGGUGGCCAUGGAGAAGAGUUUGAACUGCUCACAGUCAGGCACCGCUCCGUAGAACGCUCUGGAUCAAGAAGAUCUCGAACCGAUACGUGCGCCUCGGGAGACGGCGCCCGCGGCUUUAGCGAGGCGUACUGGAGGGCACCCGCUGUUGUUCAGGAUCACUGA